UGGAGUGCGACUAAUGCUCCCUGACAGCGCAGGACUGGGCGAGGCCUGGAGAGGCGGAAGCUGUGUAUAGCAGGCUGGGCGGCGGCGGUACGCGACGCUAUAAAGUCUGUUAAUUGUUGAGGACAAGUUGGGGUUUCUGGCCUGAGCAUCUCAGUGAAUGUGAUCACAGAAAAAGUGUCAAGAAACAGGUUUGGAGGGAAGAUGAUAUGUUCAUGUAAAGAUAUAAUCCACAUAUCAAAAAUUCACUGAGGUUUUUAAUGUAUUUAGGAAGGUCACUACAAAAGUUUUGAGACAGACUCUGUUAUGGUUAUUUCACUUCCAAGAAGUGCAGUAGACAGCAGUUUUUUUCUCUGAUUCACUUGUGCAAAUUUUAACUUGCUAGACUUGUCUGUGUUGCUGGUAGGGCUUCAUUUGUUUCCAUUCACUCUACACUCAUUGGAGGUCAGCUAUGGAGCUGGGAAGAGAGCACUUUCGUGCGAUGAUUUUCUAUGAUUUUAAAAGUGGAUUGAACCAGACUCAAAGCCUUGAGCGUUUACAUCGAGCUUUCGGGGACCUUACUCCUUCCCGUGCAACAAUUUUUCGGUGGUUUCAAGAAUUUAGAAGAGGCCGUACUUCACUGAGAGAUGAGGAGAGGAGUGGGCGUCCGGCAACUGCAGUGACUGAGGAAAACAUUGCUGCUGUGGAAAAAAUGGUUCGCAAGAACAGUCAAGUGACAAUUAAGGACAUUGAGGCAGCACUACAGAUUGGAUCACCUGCAGUGUCCAAAAUCCUGCACAAUUAUCUUCGAGUCAGGAAAGUUUUAUCCCGUUGGGUGCCUCACACUUUGACAGAUGAGCAAAAGCGCAUCCGUGUUAAAUGGUGUCAAGAAAUGCUGAUCAGAUUCGAUGGAGGCAAGUCUAGACGCAUUUCUGACAUCAUUACUGGUGAUGAAACCUGGAUAUAUCAAUUUGAUCCAGAGAAUAAAUGUCAGUCAACAAUGUGGAUUUUUUUUCCCGAUGAAAAUCCACCAACAAAAGUGAAGCGGCCCCGAAGUGUUGGAAGGAAAAUGGUGGCAACUUUCUUCUCCAAAAGCGGUCAUAUUGCAACUGUUCCUCUGGAGGAACAAAGGACUUUUACUGCUCAGUGGUACACAACAGUAUGUCUACCAAAAGUUUUCAGGAAGCUUCAAGAAUGGCGGCCAACGACAGGACUGCGGGGGACCAUUUUGCAUCAUGACAAUGUAUCAGCCCACACAGCCAAUGUCACCAUUCAGUUUCUGGAGUCCACAGAAGUUGAACUUAUGACUCAUCCACCCUAUAGUCCUGACCUGGCCCCGUGUGAUUAUUUUCUGUUACCUAUAGUAAAAAAUCGCAUGCGGGGAAGAAGCUUCUCCAGCCCUGAAGAAGCUGUUUGUGCCUACGAAAAUGAGCUUACAGCACUUGAAGAAAAUGAGUGGAAGGAGUGUUUUAAAGAAUGGUUUACAAGAAUGCAAAAGUGCAUAGAAUGUCAUGGUGAUUAUUUUGAGAAAAUACAGUAACCAAAAUUAUUUUACAUUUUAAAAUUUUUGUGUAUCUCAAAACUUUCAUUGUGUCCCUCAUACAAGAUUAUUCAGCUGUCAUCAUUAUCAAUUUGAGAACAUUUGUAACCCCAAAUAGAAACUUUUCUACUCAUUAGCAGUCACUCUUCAUUCCCCUUUACCCCAUCCCCUGGCAGUCACUAACUAGCUUUCUGUUUCUAUACAUUUCCCUAUUCUGUACAUUUUAUAUACAUGGAAUUAUACAAUAUGUGGUCUCUUCAGUCAGGAUUUUACUAAGCAUAAUUUUAAGGUUAAUGUAGCAUAAAUCAGCGCUUCAUUCUUUUUCGUGAUUGAAUAAUAGUCCCAUACACAGAUAUACACUUUUGUUUAUCUGUUUAUUCAGUGAUGAACAUGGAUGUUUCUACUUUUUGGCUAUUAUAAAUAAUGCUACCGUGAACACUUGUGUACAAGUUUUUGUGCUCUAGGAGUGGAAUUACUGGGUAAAACUUAGUUCUGAAUGUUGAGUUUCAAAUGCUAAUAGCACUUUCAAGAGGUUUUUCUAUAUACAGGAAUUAGUUGUUUCUUGCUCUGGUUUUGGAAAUCUAAGUUAGUUUGUAAUAUAGUUUCCAAUUGGAUUAGCAAAGUAUACACAUGAGGGAGAGUGAGACCCCCCAACUCCUAAAAAAAUGAAAAACCAAGCCAGGCACCUCGGCAUAUGCCUGUAAUCCUAGGAGGCUGAGGCAGCGGGAUGCCCACAGCCCGAGUCUGAGGUUGCAGUGAGCUAUGAUGCCAUUGCACUCUGCUCAGGGAAUAGGGUGGGACUCUGUCUCAACAACAACAACAAAAUCAAAAAUAAACUGUAGUUAGCUCAGAGUUUUUGGGGGCGGUGGUGUAGGUGUCUAAAAUCCCUUGGGAUUUUAAUUUAUAGAGAUGACUGAGUGACAACAUGGAGAGGCCAGUGCUGUUGAAAGAAUUUAUUAUAUUUCAAAAAAAACGGGGUGGCAUGCCACAACAUGGCAGAGCCACAAGAGAAGCAUGGGCUUUUGGUCAGAAGGAAGGAGAAACAAGGAGAAAGCCUAGGCCAGAGCCUUUGUGGGGUUUCCACAGGAAUAACAAAUCAGGCCAGAGUAAACAUUCCAGUGGGCUUUAGCUUUAGGUGUUCCUUAGUUGUCUGGUACCUGGCCAAUGGGAUGACUUAGGACAGGAAAAAUAUUGGCUUGGUGUGUGAGAGUUAGAUAAAGUGGGUGGUUGGCUUUCUAUGAGAGGCGUGCUCCCAAAUAAGUUAUUUAAUAUCUUCAAGAAUUUUUAAGAAUCAACUAGUCCUGGCGGCACCUGCGGCUUAGUGAGUAGGUUGCUGGUCCCAUACACCAAGGGUGGUGGGUUCAAACCCAGUCCCAGCCAAACUGCAACAACAACAACAAAAUAGCUGGGCUUUGUGGUGGGCACCUGUAGUCCCAGCUACUUGGGAGGUUGAGGCAAGAGGAUCGCCUAAACCCAAGAGGUUGCUGUGAAUUGUAACACCAUGGCACUCUACCCAAGGGCAGCAGAGUGAGACUCUGUCUCUUAAAAAAAAAAAAAAAAAAAAAGAGUCCAGGGAAAAGAUAGUCUCCUUCUGCCAGAAAGGUUUUUAAGAUGUCAAAAUGUCAGAAAAAAAUUUUAAAUGACUGAUACAUAUGGAGAUGGCUGGCAUGAUAUGAAGGACAGUUGGAAAGGUAGAGAUGAUUAUUCUUCAGUCAGGUUGAAAAUGUAGGGCCUGAGCCUAUUUAGGAUUUAAGUUCGUUAGAGGAAGAAAGCCCUUUCCAUCUCCUCCCAACGUAAAAUCUAGCUGUAUUUAUUUACAUAAAAUGAGGUAGUUUAGUGAAGAGUUACCUUAAACGCAAGAUUCUCAACUGAAUAACCUAUGGAAUAACCUAUGGAAAAGCUUUGAUGUUACAUAUACUGAAUAAAUCUUGGGGGAGAGAUUUCCAACCUGUGUCUUUUGAAAGUUUCACAGAUGACUCUGAUGGCCCCUAUAUUAAGAACUGCUAAAUUUACUAUUAAACAACACCUACUGAGAAAUACUGUAGGUUAACUAAAUACUGUAAGUUAAAAAAGGUACUGUAGGUUAAGUAUAAAAGAGAUGCUAGCUGGGUGCAGAGGCUCAUGCCUAUAAUCCUUUGGGAGGCUUUGGUGGGAGGAUUGCUUGAGGCCAGAAGUCAAGAUCAGUCUGAGCUUACAUAGCUUAGGUUGGCAAAAAAAAACUAGGAAGGAAGGAUCAGCCUGAGAAAUACAGCAAGAUUCCAUCACUACAAAAAAAUUUUAAAAUUAGUCAGGCAUGGUGGCACAAACCUGUAGUUGCUACUGGGGAGGCUGAGGCAGGAAGAUCACUUGGGCCUAGGCGUUUGAGGUUGCAGUGAGCUGGCAUGCCGCUGCACCCUAGCCCAAGUGACAGAGCUGUGUUGGGAAAAAAAAGCCAAAAGCUAGGUGAGAAGGCAGCACCUAUAGCUCAGUGGGUAGGGCACCUGUCACAUAUACCCGGGUUGGAACCCAGCCCGGGCCUGCUAAAACAACAAUGACAACUGCAACAACAACAGAAAAUAGCUGGGCGUGUGGCAGAUGCCUGUAGUUCCAGCUACUUGGGAGGCUGAAGCAAGAGAAUCACUUAAGCCCACGAGUUUGAGGUUGCUGUGAGCUGUGACACCACGGCACUCUACCAAGGGCAACAUAGUAAGACCGUCUCAAAAAAAAGCUAGGUGAGGAGCAAUUGGCAUUUACAGUUAGAUAUAAUUCCUUUUUCAAGGAAGAAAGUUUUCCAUAACUGGGAGAGCUUUUUCUUUGGCCCAUGCUUGACAAUGGGAACCACCCUUUCCUGAACCCUAUUGUGACUUGUCUUCCACAAAAGCUCUGUGUUUUAUGAUACUCUUCCACUACAAGGCAGAAGUGUGACUAAGCUGACGUGUUCUUUAUUUCAAUGACAGUUAUGUGUGUUCUCUGCCAGCAUUUGGGGUAGAAAACUAUCAUAUUGCCAAAAUACUCAAACCAGGGAGAUGAAAGAAUAUUUCAAAUUUUACAGAGAGGUGGCCAACUCAUAGAAAAUAUUUUGAAAAUACUUUGUAAUGAAUAUUUUGUAAAUAAAGGUUCAUGUAGGCCAGGCGGGAUGGCUCAUGCCUAUAGUAGUAGCGCUUUGGAAGGAUGAUGUGGGAGGAUCAUUUGAACUCAGGAGUUCCCAAUCAGCCUGAGCAAGAGCAAGACCUCAUCUCUACUAGAAAUAGAAAAAUUAGCUGGGCAUCAUGGCUAAACAAAAAUUAACCGUGCACCUGUAGUCCUUAGCUACUCUGGAGGCUGGGGAAAGAAGAUCACUGGAGCCCAGGAGUUUGUGGUUGCUGUGAGCUAGGCUGAUGGCCCCUGUACUCUUAAGACAACAGAGGGACAUUCUGCCCCUCCCCCAGAAAAAGGUACAUUUAGCUAUAAUUUCCCAUUUUCCCUAUGUUUGGUGAUUUUAGAGAUGACUUUUGGGACACCCUCUAUAUCAUUUUAGGGCACAGGGGUAAAAAACAAAGGUUGAAUGAAUAUGCUAUGAUUAUCACUUCCUUACCCUUUUGGACUAUUUCCUUUUUUUGAAAACUAUGACAUCUUCCACUGGGUUAAUGUUUUAACAGUUCUAAGGAAGAAUUGAAAGUUUUUUGUCCCAGGUUUGUGGUUUGUUUAUAAAUCCCAAAGCCAAAAUCUAUCCUGGUCCCUCUCAUUUAUCUUGACAGGGGUUGGAGAGAAAGCAGACUGAACAAGGAAAGCAUUGUCUUCUGACCUCUUUGGUCAUGUUACCUUUUAUUUACUGUUGUAUAAUUCUAUUUCCUAUACCACCAAAUUUUUUGAAAUCAGGAGGGCAAAUAACUUUUACAUGUCUUUUUUUUUUUUUUAACUUUUACAUGUCUGAGUACACAGAAGUUACUCUAGGUGACACACCAUUUCUUGCAGUGUCCUUCUACCACCUGUUAUGUGAUAUAGCUCUGUUUUGCUAGAUGAGUCUAAGGGAAAUUGAAAGGGCCGUAUAUUCAAAGCAGCUUGCAAAUGUUAAAGUAGCCAAGAAGCCAAAGGAUAAAGCAGACAAAUCCAGCUUUCUUGGUAAAGGGUUUUUUUAUUGGGGAUAAAGACACAAGUGUGGCCUUGGUAGCCACAAUUUCUCUACCUGUUACUCCCCACACCCCAGGCUUAGGUACCAUUGGGAAAAGGUAUAAAUGCUCUGUGUAAAAUAAUUGAAGGCAACCCUCCAGAACAGGCAAGAAUGCUAUAUGUUCAUAGCUUACAAUUUGUGUGAUAAUAUUAAGGUUCCUUUAUAGUAAAGGCAGAAUUUAUAGUGAGUACACGUUCUUCCAUUAAGGACAGUAAAUAAAGUAGAAAUCAGGAGACAUUUAUGUGACUGGAGUUAAUAUAAAGUAACAAGGUAGCUUAACAUCCAAGAUGGAGUCACUUUUGUAUGCAAAUUUACUGGCCUCAACUGCAAAACAUUUACCCCAAUUGAGAUUAAUAAUGGCACUCAUAAUUUUGAUGUUAAAAUGAAGUCAUCUUCACUUAAUAUGUUUAAGACAGCAAUACUUCCCAAACUAUUUAUACAUUCAGUUUAAUUCCUAUCUAAAUCCCAAGAGCCUUUUUUUCAGAAGUAGAAAAUCUGAUCUUAAAAUUCUAUGGAGUUGCAAGCGACUCCCCCCCCAUUACCCCAAAUCCCAGUAGCCUCCAACUUUGUUCUUUUUCAGGAACACACUCUCAUAUUUCAAAGCUUAUUACAAAGCUAUAGUAAUGAAGGCUGUGUGGUACUGGCAUAAGGAUAGACAUACAGAUAUAGAUCAGUGGAACAGAACUGAAGAGUCCAGAAAUAAGUCCAUGUAUAUUCAGGCAACUAAUUUUAAAAAAUCUUUUUUUUUGGAAAUGGGGUUUCUCCAUGUUAUCUAGGCUGAUUUCAAUCUCCUGGCUUCAGGCAAUCCUCCCACCUUGGCCUCCAAGGUGCUGGGUUUAUAAGGAUGGGCCCUUGCUCCUAGCCCCAGGAAUUGAUUUUUGACAAUGAUGCCAAGACCAUUGAGUGGGGAAUGAAUAGUCUCUUCAAUAAAUAAUGCUGGGAUAACAGGAUAUCACAUGCAAAAGAAUGAAGUUGAACCCUUACCUCACAGCAUGUACAAAAGUUAACUCAAUGGAACAAAAACAAAAAUGUAAGAACUAAAACUAUACAGCUCUUAAAACAGGUAAAUCUUCAUGACCUUGGAUUUGGCAGUGGGUUCUAGAUAUAAUAUCAAAAGCACAAAUAACAAAAAAAGAUAAAGUGCACUUUGUCAAAAUUAAAAACUUGAGUGCCAAAGUAUACUAUCAAGAGAGUGAAAAGACCACCAAUAGAAUGGGAGAAAAUAUUUAUUAAAUCAUAAACCAGAUAAUAAUCUGUGCUAUGAAUAUUUAUGUCCCCCCCAAAUUAAUAGGUUGAAAUCCUUACAUCCAAGAUGAUUAGGAGACGAGGCCUUUGGAGGUAAUUAGAUAAUAGGGGUGGAGCCCUCAUGAAUGGAAUUAGUGCCUUUAUAAAAGAGGCCCAAGAGAGCAUAUCCUCUGUGUUUUUAAAUUCUAAUAUCCAUUUUCAUUUCCACUAAGGAUUUGAUUGGGUCAGCAGACUCAUUAUAAAUGUAAAGAAAAUUCAUAUAUGUGGCUUUCCUUUUCAAAAAUUCAUGUGUCAUAUUUAAUUGCAUGUCAUAUUCAUUGAGUCACAUUUAUCACAUCAUUUAGUCACACGUGAUUGGGUAACAAGCAUUUCAGAGAUCAAAAAGCUUUUAUUUUUGGCUUGACACCUGUAGCACAGUGGUUAUGGCACCAGCCACAUACACCAAGACUGGUGAGUUUUAACCCGGUCUGGGCCUGCUAGACAACAAUGACAACUGCAACAAAAAAUAGCUGGGCACUGUGGCAGGCACCUGUAGUCCCAGCUACUUGGGAGGCUGAGGCAAGAGAAUCACCUGAGCCCAGGAGUUUGAGGUUGCUGUGAGCUGUCACUGCACAGCACUCCACCAGAGCGACUAAGACUGUCUUACUGUCUCAAAAAAAAAAAAAAGCUUUUAUUUUUGAAGCUGAACUGGCCCCAAAUAAAUACUAUGUUUUACUCCUGGAAAGAAAAGAGCAUCCAUGAUCAUGUUCUAUACACCAUGACUUAUAUCUCUAGCCUUUUCCAUCCAUUAUUUUCUUUAAUCCUUUGAAAAAGUUUGUGAGAUUGUUAUGCUUAUUUAAAAUGAGGAAAUUAGUUCAGGGCAAAUAAUUUAUCCAAGGUCAUGAAGCUAACAAAUCAGAUUUAAGAUUCAGCCCAGGUCCAUCUAAAUACGAAUUGACCAUUUCACCCAUCAUCCUUCCCAAAAUCCCAGGGAACCUAGGGUUAUAUUUUGGGAAUUGGCUACCCAUCUGAAAAUUCUAUGGAGUUGCAAGCGACAUCCUUUCCCUGACUUUAAUAGGAAUUUCCAGGCCAUUAACUCCUUUGCUUUCUCUCCUUUUUUUUUCUUUUUUCUUUCUUUCUUUUUUUUUUUUUGAGAUUGAGUCUCUGUCACCCUAGGUAGAGUGCUAUCAUAUCGUAGCUCACAGCAACUUUAAACUCCUGGUUAAAGGGAUCCUCUUGCCUCAGCCUCCUGAGUAGCUGGGACUACAGGUGCCUGCCACCAUGCCUGACUAGUUUUUCCUAUAUUUAGUAAGAGACUGGGUCUCACUCUUGGCUUAGGCUGGUUGAGACUCAAGCAGUCCUCCUCCCUCAGCCUCCCAGAGUGUUAGGACUAUAGAAAGCCACAGUGCCUGGCCUUCUUUGCUUUCUCUUUUCCACAUCCUCAUGUAGCUUAUGGGCCAUCAUGUUUUACCAGUACUCAAUAUAGUUUAAUCCUGUUUAUCUUCAUUCCACCUAGACAAUAGUACCUCAACUCCACUACUCUUUGUACCUGUUCCAUUAGCCAAGCAGCUGAACAGUACUGAGUAAAUUCCUGUUACAGGGCAUGUAGUACUAUCACUUUAAAUUCAUGAUCAUACACCUCAAACAGGCCUUCAGCACCCUCUUCUAAUAUGACUGUUCUCUGCUAAAACAAAAUGCCUGCUUACCUUUUCCUUCUCUGUGGAUUGUUCACAUUAGUUGCUAUAAACCUUCAUUAAUGUUUCCCAUAUUAAAACAACAGUAAAACCUCCCUUUUUUUUUCUGUUUGAGACAGAGUCUCACUGUGUCAUCCUUGGUAGAGUGCCAUGGCAUCACAGCUCACAGCAACCUCUAACUCUUGGGCUUAAGCAAUUUUCUUGCCUCAGCCUCCCGAGUAGCUGGGACUACAGGCACCCACCACAAUGCCCAGCUAUUUUUUUGUUGUAGUGGUCGUUGUUUAGCAGGCCCAGGCUGGGUUCAAACCUGCCAGCUCCAGUGUAUGUGGCCGAUGCCCUAGCCACUGAGAUACAGGUGCUGAGCCAGAACCUACCAUAUUUUAAUUACAAAAUUAUUCGAAAAAGUAAUAGUCGGAUGACUAUUCACCCCUCCUCUGUUCUCACAUGUUGAAGUCUGAUAUAUGCAUCUUUUCUACUCUAUUUUUAUGCUUUUAUAAAUAUACAUGUAUAGCCUUUUGUUUGAUAUCCUUUAACAAAGAGUCUGCACAUUACAUUUUGUUUUUCUUGUUAUAUCAUGAAUAUUUCUCUAAGUCAGUACACAAAAAUCUACAUUCGAUAUUGAGCCAAAUAUUUUCCUAUUGAUAAAAAAAUACAUUUAUUGUUUUUAUCAUUAUAAUCAUGCAAUAAAUGUCUUUGUGCU